UCAGUAAAACAAACAAAAUUGAAGUGAUGGUGACUCAACUAGCUAGCUUGUGUCAUUUCCACCAUCCAUUUUAUUGGGUAGAUAUGAUGUGGUCGGAGAUUUUAUUUUUAUGGUUUUGCAAAUUCUAAUCUUUUACAAAUAAGCUAGGAUUUGGAAUUAUGAAUUUUGCAUUUUAGAAAAUACGAUAAAUAACAAAAUUAUUGAGUUAUGCUAAGGAAACGCUAUAAUUCUGCCCCUAUAUAAACACUCUGUUAGAUAGAAAAGAAAUUAGCUUGCCAGAAAUAAAGUAGAGUGAUAUGGGGAACAUUAAGUUUUUGUUGUUAGCGUUCUUUCUUAUAGCAAUUGUGGCGAAUGGUUGUUGGGAGGAAGAGAGAAAUGCUCUCUUUGAUCUGCAAACAAACAUAAUCAGUUCGAAUGGCGAAUUGUUGGUUUGAUUGGGAAGGUUACAAUACGAAUGGUUUUACAGAUUGUUGUUUUUGGAAAAGUGUAAAAUGCAACUUAGCGACAGGUAGAGUGAUCAAACUCGAUCUCAAAGCAGGUUUUGGUACAGGGGAUGGUUGGAUAUUCAAUGCCUCUCUCUUUCUUCCAUUCAAGUCUCUGCAAGUUCUGGUAUUGUCUUCCCAAAAUAUUAUAGGAUGGACAAGAAAUGAAGGGUUCAGUAAACUAAGACAACUUCCCAACCUGAAAGUAUUAGAUUUGCAGUAUAAUCCGAUCCAUCCAAAAGUUUUACUAUCAUCUUUAUGUUGGAUUUCAUCUCUCGAGGUUCUAAAACUUGGUGUAGAUGUUGAUACCUCUUUCAGCAUACCAACGACAUAUAAUAGCACUAGCAUGAAGAGUAAGAAAUGUGGAGGAGGACUAAGCAAUUUAAGAGAACUUUGGUUUGAAGGUUAUGGAAUUGAUGACAUAAAUAUCCUUUCUGCAUUGGGUAGACUGAGGAAUUUAGAGAAACUCAAUUUGAAUGAUAAUAACUUCAAUUCCACCAUCUUUUCAUCGCUCAAGAUUUUUCCGUCUCUCAAGCAUCUCAAUCUCGCUGCCAAUGAAAUAAAUGGAUAUAUCGAAAUGAAUGGUUUGUUACGCCUCUUCCACCCUAACCAAAUAUCAAUUUUAUUUCUUGGCAUAUCAAAUUUAUUUAUCUGUGUAGAUAUAAUUGCUUUGAGCAAUUUGAAACAUCUGGAUCUCUCGGAUAACAACAUAGAGAGCUUUGUCACUGACAAAGGUAGCAAAAAAAGGAGUACUUCUUUUCGGAGUUUACUAUUGGGAAGUUCCAACUCCAACUCGAGCAGAGUUAUACAAUCCCUAAAAUCAUUCUCAUCUCUUAAAUCACUUUCUUAUGAAAAUAGUGAUCUCACCGCUCCCACCAUAAUUUACGCAUUAAGAAAUCUGAGCACACUGGAGUACCUAUACUUGGAUGGAUCUUCUAUAAAUGACAACUUUCUCCCAAACAUUGGACAUAUGACUUCUCUUAAAGUACUCAGUAUAGCUUUUGGUAGCAAUAAUGACACCAUCCCUAAUCAAGGUUGGUGUGAACUCAAACACCUUGAAGAGCUGGAUUUUGUAAACAAUAAUUUUGAGGGAACACUGCCUUCGUGUCUUGGAAACUUGACAUCACUUCGACGGUUGAGUUUGGCUGGGAAUAACUUACGUGGAAAUAUAGCAUCACAUUCUAUUUUGAGGAGACUCACAUCACUUGAGUACCUCAGUAUUGAGGAUAACCAAUUUGAUGUUCCUCUGUCAUUCAGCCAAUUUUACAACUAUACGAAAUUGAUCUACUUGGAUGUUGGUGAUAGUACAAUAAUUCCAGAUACCGAAUUCCAAAAUUGGAUCCCAAAUUUCCAGUUGGAGUUUUUUGGUAUAUAUGGAUGUAUAAAGCUUCAAAAGUUGCCUUCUUUCCUUCACUAUCAAUAUGACUUGAGGAUUCUUGUUAUAGAUGAAAAUCAAUUGCAAGGAAAGUUCCCGACAUGGUUAUUAGAAAAUAACACCAGAAUUGCAGGGGUUUAUAGUAGAGAUAAUGCUUUCGAUGGACCAUUCAAGUUGCCAUCGAUUGUUCACCUCUAUCUAAAGACGAUUGAUGUUUCUAAUAACAAACUAAAUGGGCAUAUUCCAGACAAAAUGAGUUUAGCCUUUCCAAAGCUUACUAGUUUGAACAUGUCACAAAAUUUUCUUGAAGGUCCCAUACCUUCCAAAAUUAGUGGCAUUCAUUUAGAAACUUUAGACCUAUCUAACAAUCUCUUAUCUGGAGAAAUUCCUAGUGAUGUGGUAAUUGGUUCUCCACAAUUGUUGUUCCUUCGGUUGUCAAACAACAAGCUGAAAGGAAAAAUAUUUUUGGAGGUCAAGUCACAUAUAUUGUCCUUUUUGUAUUUGAAUGGCAAUAACCUUGAAGGACCACUACCUAGCAACACGUUUAUCACAUCCCUUUUUAUAUUGGAUGCUAGCAGGAAUAAUUUCACUGGGGAGAUUCCGAGAUGGAUUACAGAUAAUACAAGAUUGUUACUACUUGAUCUGUCCAAGAAUCAUCUCACAGGUUCGAUUCCAGUUGAGAUUUGCAAGUUCAAGCUCAUUCAGGUCUUAGCUAUAUCUGAAAACAGGCUUUCAGGCUUUAUUCCUUCUUGUGUGAGUUCUUUACCUCUCGAACACAUCCAUCUUGAGAAAAAUCAAUUGGGUGGUGGACUGGAACAUGUACUUUUCAACUUCUCUUCUCUGAUAACAUUGGAUCUUCGCUACAACAAUUUUACAGGACAUAUCCCACACACCAUAGGCUCGCUUAAUUCUCUCAACUAUCUUCUCCUUAGCCAUAACCAAUUGGAAGGGCAGAUUCCAAUUCAGAUAUGUAUGUUGAAUAUGCUAUCUAUCAUGGACUUAUCUUUCAAUAAACUUUAUGGUCCACUCUUUCCUUGUUUGGGUAACUUAACACAAGCCAAAAAGGAUGCAAAGAAAAGAAUCACCUAUUAUUUUUAUAAGACAUAUUGGAAUCCAUGGUUAACUUUUUUGCGUUGGAUAUGGUUGGAAAGGCACUACCACAAUCGUCAUGGAAUUUUAGUUGAUACACUUUUGAUGGAUGCAGAAACUGUGGUCCAGUUUUCGACAAAAAGAAACUCAUACACUUAUAAGGGAAGCAUUCUUAAAUAUAUGUCGGGUAUUGAUCUCUCAAGUAACAGAUUAACUGGUGAAAUUCCCAUUGAGAUAGGGAACAUGAGCAAUAUACAUACAUUGAAUCUGUCUCACAAUCAUCUCAUUGGAAGAAUACCAAAUACCUUCUCCAAUCUACAGGAAAUUGAGAGUUUAGACCUUUCCUGCAACAGAUUGAAUGGGAGCAUUCCUGUUGGUCUAAUUGAGCUGAAUUCUUUGGCAGUAUUCAGUGUUGCAUACAACAACUUAUCUGGUGCAGUACCUGAUUUUAAAGCUCAAUUUGGAACUUUCAACAAAAGCAGCUACGAGGGAAAUCCUUCUCUUUGCGGUUAUCCAUUAGACAACAAGUGUGGGAUGAGUCCUAAAUUGUCAAAUAUCUCCAACAUUAAUGGAGAUGAAGAAUCAUCAGAAUUGGAAGACAUCCAGUGUUUUUACAUUGGCUUAGUUGUGUCUUAUGGCGCAAUCUUGUUGGGAUUAUCUACAGCACUCUGCUUCAAUCGUUAUUGGAGAAAAGCAUGGUUUAGGAUGAUAGAGGCAUUGAUGUUUUGUUGUUACUAUUUUGUCUUGGACAACCUUGUUACACCUAUCAAGAGUAGCUGGUUCAGGAAUGUUGGUUAGGUAGUUGUUUUAAAAUGUCGUUGUUGUCUUUCUCUUUUAUCAAAAUAUGUAUUUGGAGUUAUUCUAUAGCUUAAAAUGUGUGCAUAGUUCUUCUCAUUCAUGAGAUGCUUCAUUGUUAUUGUUGUUUAUCUAGCAGUUUGAGGAAUAAUAUGAUUAAAGUCAUGUUUAUAUUUUGUUGGUGUCCAAAA